GAACGCAGCACCAGAUUCCCGCCCCCUCCGUCUCCACUUCCGGUUCAGACCAACAUGGCGGCUGUUCUCUGACAGACUGAUCUCGGAGUUUAUGUGUUUAAUAUUUGCAGUUUUCGGAUGAAAUUCAUCAACUUUUGGAGGUUUUUUGUUCCGGUUCCGGAUCGUUAAAAGCUACCGGAAGCUGCUCACCGGAACCAGCAGAGGUGUUCUGAGUUCUGAUGGAUCCGGUCUGACCGGCCCGGCGUUGUCAUGGAGAAGUUCGGGAUGAGUUUCGGCGGCGGUGGCGGCAGGAAGGAGCUGCUGGACACUAUCGAGGCCCAGAAGAAGCAGCUGGUCCAGUACCAGACCCGCUUCAAGGAUGUGGUCCGAGCCUACAAGAGUCUGCUGAAGGAGAAGGAGGCGCUGGAGGCCAGUCUGAAGGUUCUGUCGGUGAGCCAGGAUGUGGACCUGGACCAGAACCAGCCGGGCCCGGACGGCUCAGAGCCGCCAGAGGACGGCUGCUCGCUGCACAGCGAGGACAGCGUGGACACGGCCGCGUCUGCGGACACGGCCAGCGAGACCGCCAGGGGGAGCCAGAGCGAGGACGACCCGGCAGAACCGGCAGGGAAGUCCGCCUCAACGGCGCGCCGGUUGGACGCGGACGCCGUCGGUCCGGAGAGCGUCACCGUGGGGGCGGAGCCUCAGCAGCAGGCCACGCCCCCUCCCAGCACCGAGACGGAGCGGCGAGCGGCGCAGCUGAAGAACCAACUGAGCACGCUCACCAGCGCCAUCGCCACGGUGACGCACGAGAAGUCGAGGAUGGAGGCGAACUUCCAGGCCGACAAGCGGCAGCUGAAACAGGAAGUGGAGGAGCUGCAGGAGCGGCUGGCGGGCGCGCUGGCGCAGCGGGAGGCGGAGGUCAGCGCCCUGCAGCAACAGCUGGCGGAGAGCCGCGCCCGCGUCAUCACGCAGCAGCACGAGAGGGCGCAGGAGACGGCCGAUCACGCCACGCAGCUACGGGAGUUGCAGAGGAUCCUGCAGCAGGAGAGAGACCUGAGGCAGGACGCAGAGCUCCACCUCCAGGACGCCAACGCCACGCUGCUCGCUAACACUCAGGCGGUGGAGCGGGGGGCGGAGUCUGAGGCUCACCUGAGCCAGGUGAGGGAGGAGAGAGACGAGCUGAAGGAGAAGCUGCUCGCCACCGAGCGACAUCACAGCAGACCUGAUCCCCGAUUGGACGAGCUACAGCGAGAGCUGACGCAGCUGAAGACCCUCUUCCAGACGCAGAGCGACGUCCAGACCAGGAAGGCGAGUGAGGCGGAGGAGCGUGCUACUGAGCGUGCUCAGUGCGCUGAGCGGCGUGCGGCCGGUCUAGAGCAGCGUGUGUCGGAGCUGUCAGAGCUGCUGGGCGGCUGCGAGAAGGCGAGGCAGCGAGAGCAGAUGGCGGCGCAGAGACUCCGAGAGCGCAUCCUGCAGCUGGACGCCGAGAACAAGACGCUCGCCAUGGCGAUGACCUCUAACCUCGCCGCCAGCAGGGCGACCUCUGACCUCGGUGUGGACGAGUCCCAGCUGGACGUCGGCGUGCUGAAGGAGAAGCUGGAGAAAGUGAAGAAGCUGCUGCAGCUGGCGGCAAAGAGGGACCCUGAACACAUCACGCAGAACAUCCAGAGGGACCGUGAACACAUCACGCAGAACAUCCAGAGGGACCCUGAACACAUCACGCAGAACAUCCAGGACCUGGAGGAGUUUCCGGGCGUUGGCGAGGCCUCGGCGGCGGCCUACCACCAGGAGCUGAGGCAGCUGCGGGACGAGUUUGAGCGCUACAAGCUGCGGGCGCAGGUCGUUCUGAAGAACAAGAACGCCAAAGAUGGCUGCCAGGCCAAGGAGCUGGAGGAGGUGCGGGACCAGCUGGCCGAGCUGAAGGAGAAGUACAUCAACCUGCGGAUCCAGAGCGACGAGGCCGAGACUCGCCACCACCGCGCCCUGGAGGAGCGCCAGCAGCAAGCCACGGCCAAUCAGAUCGCUCACAGACAGGAAGUGGAGCGCCUGGAGGCGCUGCAGCGAGACGCACUGCUGAGGCUGGAGGCGGAGCUACACAAACAGAGAGACAGGACGCUGGCGCUGCUGCAGGAGAAGGACCAGGAGCUGGAGCGUCUCCGUGCGGCCGCCGUGCCGCGCUGCAGCAACGGCAUCGAUCCCCCGCCCGUCGAGGCGGAGCCCGCCGCGGAGAGCGAGGGUGACAUCAUCGCGGCGGCACUGCGGCGGGCGGCGCCCGGCGAGCCCACGCUGCUGCUGUACGCCGAGCAGCUGGCCCGGAAGGAGGCGGAGCUCAGCGCGUUGCGGCGCCAGAAGCACGGGCUGGAGGAGGACGUGCACCACCUGCGGGCGCGCCUGGUAGCGGACGGCGAGCGCCACGGCGAGGAGGAGGCGGCUCUGAGGGGACAGCUGGACAAACUGCUGCGAGACCGCGGCCGCGAGGGCGCCAACAUGGAGUACCUGAAGAACGUCCUCUACCAGUUCCUCACGCUGCCGGACGCCAGCGGCCGCCAGCAGACGCUGGGCGCCAUCCUCACCAUCCUGCAUUUCAGCCCGCAGGAGAAGCUCCGCGUGCUGCGGGGCCACGGCGCCACCUGGUGGCCCAACGCCAGAUAGACACACACACAGCCUCAUUCCCCCUGCUCUGGCAUUCCCCCUGCUCUGGCGUUCCCCCCUCUCAUUCCUCCUGCUGUGGAGGG